AUGUGCUGGGCGGGCGCAGUUGCGGGCGCGAUUCUCUUGCCUCCGUCAGCAGUACCCCACAAGGUGGUUGAAAGGGGAACUGUAGGGUUGUUGAGUAAGGGCGGCUGGCGUAGGGGGGCGGAGGCGGAGGCGCGGCAGAGUUGGGAAAAGGGAGUCACUGUGCAAAAUCCAGGCCGGGCGUCGGAGCGCAGAAGUUUCGAGAGUAGUAGAUGUGAGCGUGUCAAUCCGAGCCAAGGACAGGAAGGGGAGGGAGGUGAAUCAAUGGGUUAUCUGCUGACUGAGGCACUUUGCUGUAAAACGACGCUUUGCGAGGAUUCGACAGUCGCGGUGAGGCCGCCCCGGAGUGGCGCUAGUCCCAAGAUGGACAAAUUUGCGCCUUCCUAUUACUCCGAACAUUCAGCUACACCAAGUACUAUUGCCUUUAAGUUCGGUGGUAGUCGCCGCUCCCAGGAGUGUCUGCGUCUGUCAUUGAUGGACAAGUCCCUGCACGCGCGGGCGGCUCAGUUCCGAGCCAUUGGAUCAAGCCUGUCAGAUCGCACCGCAUUUGUGACACAUCUGUAUGAUAUCCUCUCCGUCAACCCGACACGCUCAAAACAGGCCUACCCAAUUGGGAACAUUACAGUACUUGGCCAAGCAGCCACGAAAGACGAGCAAUUCUGCGGAUCGGGGAGUGGCGCUUUGUUCGCGGAUCAUUAUGGAGCAUUUCUCACCGUCAAUUGGUCCAGACUGCAUAUCUGCGUUUGCCAUUCUCAGCAACUUGGACAUCCACCACCGAAGAUGCCCAAAAUUUGGGAUUUUAUUGGCACCUUAUCUGCUCCGCACGGUGAGCUUGGGUCGAAUGCUGUCAGGACGCUUAUCGUCACCUUUUCAGGUUGCGGUCUGAUCGGGACCCGAGGGUGCAUUGUGGGAAUAAGGGGAAACAUGACGGAUGAUUCGGAGUUACACUGUAGCGUCAUUUCAUCACGCAUCUCCUGGAUGCGAAAUACUGCUGCUGUACCAAGCGGUGUCGAUCAGCCAUUCCAGGGAGAAACAACUAUUCAUGAAAAGUCUGUCAUUCACAUAGCUGAAGCAGAUAGGAUUGCUAGUGGUGGAGACCUUAUAUUUCCAUAG